UUUUAAACACGAGAUAACAUGUUUUACAAUGCACCUAAUUUUAGUGCUAGUUUAGAUGUUAUCUAGGAAGACAAGUCAUUAUAAACAAGAAAUAAUUGCUCGUAGUGCUAAUCGAGGUGUAAGAUGCCUGAGAUGAAGAUGGACGGAGAUGACAUCUCGGCCAUGGCGGCCAGACGUAAGGAAGGCCGUAGGAAGUCCGAUGCCUCAGAGCUUUCUUUUAGCGGCUACACAAGCAUGUCCCAGACGAAGGCACAAAAUACAUCGUUCGCGUCUUCCUUAAGCGUAGGACUGCAGAAGGCAUCGCUGGCGCCCCGCAAGUAUCCGUCAGAGGCUGUGUUGCGGAUAGACAACUUCACCUCCGGCGACAACACACCUCUUUCUUCCCUGAGCCCUUCACCGACGCCUCCCCCCAGGGUGUACGAGACGAAAGGAUUUUUGAAGGAUGUGAUCGCUAGAGAACCUCGACAGCCCCACAAUGCGGCUCUGUUCCAGAGUUACGACGGCUCGACCGUGAGCCGCAACAGCCUGCCUCCGCUUGUCACCGUCGAGGUGUAUGGCACCACGGUGGCAGCUCUGCUGCACUCAGCCCAGCACGUCUCGCUGGUGUCGGCCAGGCUGGUGGCGCGCCUGCAGAUCAAGAAAGACGUGCAGUCAGACAUGCCCGUACCUCCUUCCCCUCUAGCCCCAAACGGAAGUGGAUCUGCCUGGCUAAUAGAUGGUUGCUUGAGAUACUUGGAAAUCUCCCUUAAAGGAACGAAGUUUGUAACACAAUUUUUUGUAGCUCGUGAUUUGCCAGCCGAUAUCAUCCUUGGCGUUGAUUUUUUAAGAAAAACCCAAAUGCGUCUAAAUUUUUCGGAGAGCUGCGCUUUUUUCUCGAGUGGUGGAAAAGACGUCAAAAUUCCGUUCUUAUCAUCCAAAGAAGUAUCGGAUCAUCAGCACGUCGCAUCUACGGCCGCUAGAGCACAUUCCUCCAAUUUCUGAUAGCGAAAAUCUGUGUAGUGUUCAGGCAAAGACUGGAGCAUGGAAUAAAUAAAUUUUUUGCAUGUUACGCGUUAAUCGUGAAUUCUGCAUUCACGAGUGAUAUGGUUACUCUGUGCUUGCAACAAUAAUCAAGAGUGAAGGUUAUAUUCUAUGUUAUAAUGUAAAUGUAGGCAAAGGUUCCGAUAACAAUUAAUUGUAGCCUUGUUGCAUGAUAUUUUUGCUAGAAAUGAACAAGGUAUGUACUAACUUCAUAAAAAUGAUAGCAACACCAUCAUGAUCCCUUGUCAUUUAUUAUUCACCAAUGAGCAAUUUCAUUUGUUUUUCUCGUAAAUUUCCUUCCGAAAUAAGGCAAGUUUAUGCUAAUGAUCUUUUCCAGCAUCGUGCACUGUUGGGGUUAAGAACAGGUUAAAUAUUCUAAAUAUUCAAUGUCUCUGCAGCCUUGACGAAUAGAUGCGGCUCAAAUUAAUAGCGGUACUGUAUCCGAACAGAGUUAAAAUAGUUUUAAACUGACUUAACAAACCCUUUUAUUUCUUAUGAUCAAUUUAUUCGAAAAAUUAUCCGGUUUAGGUUAAAACCAAUUAGCGAAAUUUACAAGCGAGUUGUAGCUACCAUAAAUAAUUAUUUCAAAAUAUUAAACUCGUUUCCCACUAUAGUCGUUAUUUUCUCGGUCAGGUUUAGUAAGGUGGAUUACAUUUCCAGGUAAUUGGAUUCAAAAUAUUUUACGAAUUGUCUAAAAAUCAUUGGUAACUCUCCUGAUACUAUUUUAUGCAGCCUGCUGAACGUAGUUAUAAUUUUGAUGGAACUUAAGACAUUGAAUUCUUUUGCAAGCAUUGCACAAGCAAGCUGCAACGGUUAGUGCAUUGAUGUGAACUAAAGUACCUGAACAACCCAUAUAAAAAUAAAUAAUGUGAAAUGAUUGUUGUUGAAUGAUGAUGUUGAGUAUCGUCAUUUUCAGACACAGCAUUUAUUUUGCGCCCUUAACUACUAGGCUUUACCAGUUGUUAGGCAUUACGAAUCCGACGUCAUUUGUAAAUUCUGUUACCUUCUGUUAAUUAAAUUUAUUAGUAUCUUGUGUUGUAGCCUGCUGUUCAGCUAAUGAAGAACUACGGGCAGCUCAAAAUAUCUAUUCCUUUUGUGAUUAACCAUCUUCUUCUGGCUUGCUAAAUUGUAAUGAUAUUUUACGCUUUUUUGUCGCUAUUAACUAAGCCACAGCUUAAGAUCGUCAUCUUGGAGUCUAUGUGUUGAGAAAAUGCAAAUUGGCCCGAACUUGAACAUAAAUAAUAAAGGAGCUUAAUAAUUUGCAUUUAGCGCGUUUGUAUUAACAAAUUCAGUAUACAUUUAUUCAUUCUACGGAGACCAGAGACGGUGAAUUAAGAAUGUAGUAAGUGAAUGCGUAUUUACUGUCUAUCCUGCAUGAUAUUAUGUUAGUGGAAAUGUAGGAGGAAUUGCUGGUGACUGUUUUCAUUGUAUAAAAAUUUAACUGAACGUAUCGCACGCAGUACCUUAAAACAAAGUUUUCACAAUUGUUCAGCAUUUUUAUCACUAGCAAGCAUUAGGCUGUGAGACAUUUAAUUAUAGGCUUUUCAGUGUUUUUUUUUUUUGUGUGCGUGUGUGUGUGAAACUUUCAGUGAUACACUCUCCAAGCAAAAAAAUCCUUCAUCUUUGCUCUGUUUAAUAUAAUUCUCGAUUAUGCAACGAUGUUCUUUAUCGUUCAUAUGCAUGCUUUAUAUAGUCGUGGAAUUUAUAUUGAAUACAGGAAACUGGGUUAUAUCGCAUUAAUUUUAAUGUGUUUUGUAGAAAGUUUGGAUCUCAAUAUAGUGAUGAAAAAAAUUUGAACUAUUAGUUCUCAGGAUGAUUUGAACUGAUAAGGGGUCAUUUAAUCUGAUUUGACGUCACGCUAUCUUAUCUGAUAAACUUGUACGUAUUUGCAUACAAUCAAUCUGUAAUGAUUCAUGAACUGUUAUGUUCACCGGAUUCAUCCACUGGCAUUAGUUCAAGGGUUAUUGGGUUAUUUCACUUUGUUAAUUAAGAUUUAUUUUAAGACAAUUGAGUCUAGAGAUAAUAUCUACGAUAUCUUAUUAAGAUAUUAAAUAUCUUAUUAAGACAUUCAGUCUAGAGACAACAUCUGAGCCCUGGAUUAUGCAUUUGCCAUUAGGAAUGUUAACGAGGUUUUGAAGUCAAAUAAAUCAGUUACUGCAGUGCCUUGUACAAAAAUAUAUUUCAAAUUAUUUUAAAAUUUUAUUUUGAGUCAAAGCCUAACUCAUAAGAUGCAAGCAAUUUUCCAGGAAGCCGUUAUCUUAGCUGCUAUUUGCUUGAGUAUAUAUAAAAUAAUUAUAUAUAAUUUUUUAAGCGUAAACAAAAAAAAAUCCUAUUAAAUGAAGAAACUUUUCGAGAUUAUCUUCGUACCUGAGAUUCAAUAAAUGUUUUAACCAGAGUUGACGCGUUCGCACGCAUUCCUCGAAUAAAGUUCGUGCUGUAGUCACAUCUCAUGUGUCACUAAAAUUUGUACCGCGAUUUUCCUUCUCAUUUUUUUGCGAUCAUUCAACAAUUAUUUCUUAUAUUUUGUUCUGUUAAAUUAAUAAUCACAUUAUCAAAAGUGUCUUAUCUAUUUUCGAUUUACUAGCAAGUCAUCUUAAAAAAUUUCAUCUGUUUAGGUUUUACUAGCAUUUUCAUCUAGAGAAACAUUCUGUGUUCGCGAUAAUUAAAUACGCGUCACUUUCAUUCGGCUAGUCAUGAAGCACCUGACGCUUCACCGGUGAUGAGCAUUUGUAAUUCACUGGUCUCCUUCAGUUACAUAAAAUCGAAGCAUACAAAAUAAAGACACUUCAAGAGAAUUAAAAAUUGGAACUCAUUCGUGAAGAAAAGGCAAGAUAUCAUUGUCCAUAAGGUUGUGGAAUUAGAGCAUGCAAUUUGUUAAUAAAUAACUCUAAUUUUUAACAGAUUAUUUAUUUUAUGAACUGAAAUAUACUGUACAUGAUUUUAGCUGUGAGCUCCUUAGAAUAAUUUCGAAAAAAUUGCUAUUCCAAUGUACAUAUUUGUAGGUCAAGCAAGAAUGAAGUUUCCUUAGAGUGCAGGGAAAUACUCGGGCCGAUUCGCCGCAAAGAUUCAGAUUCUGUUUCAUCUGAGAUGACGAACAAGGCGAUUAAGAAUUAACAAAUUUUUUGUGAUAUUCGAAGAACUGAGGCGAGGUUGACACCCACAAGCUACGGGAUAAUGGAGUCUGAAAACCAACCGUCAGCAAGAAACUAUUCUGAAAUUAAGAGUUCACCUGCGAAACCGCAACGACGGAGCCAAGAAAUAGUAUCAACAAAUUCAACUGCCUCUGAGGCGUGCGAUGUAAACUUCAUCAGUGAAUCAUCAGUCAGUAAAAAUAUUUCAAUUAAUUGCGAUGUUUCGAAAGUUGACACGCAGCAUAUCCACGAAAAUAACAGCAAAGACGAUAACUGUGGUAACAAGUCAGCGAGACGAGAAGCUAAAAGCUUGACAUCGCCGUUGUCGGACAAAAGGAGGGCGUGGUAUGACGUAGGGUCGUUUAUGCUGAUGGAUCAGGAACAAAAUAUUCUUGAUACUAUGAGUAAAGUUGAAUUUGAACAAAUGCAUUUUGUUUUUAACGAUGUUCGCGAAAAUCAUAGUGCAAGUGAUGAAAAACCACACAGUCCGUUGUUUGAAACUUCCAGUGAUGGGAGUUGUUCAGGCUUUUCACCCGCACGGACCAACGCGACUUCCAGUUCCACAUUGGAUAAUGAAGAGGCGCCUCAAUCAAUUUCACCGGGAACAUCAUCUGAAGAGGUCCUAAGCAAUGGUAUGUCACUAACAACAUCAAUUGAGGAAGGUAAAUCAGAAAACUCACUUUCCAUAGAAAAUGAGAGUCAAAUAUUUCCAGUGGACAAUAUAUCGCAUAUAUUGGUUUGUGAGGAAAGUGCCACACAAAGGCUAUCAGUCGAUAAGAGUUCAAUAAAUACUACAGGUGAGCUUAACAAUGCCGAUGAAAACCUUGACGAAGAAUCCAAAAUUUUCCUACCUUCAGCGAUUGCUGUUGUAAAACAGACUUACGCCGAGAUGAAUUACAACCGCUACUCCUACAGGCUCCGAUACAGUAACCCAUUUCAGUCUCCCGUGAGUCCUGCUCUUGACUUAUCAUCGAAAAAGACGGAUACUUUCGGCACUCUGCAUCGUAAAUUCCGAAAAUCGAUUCGUAAAAACAGCAAAACUAAACCAGAAGUUCCUGAAGUUUUUCUAGUGUCGAUGAAACUAUUCCUGAAAAAGGAAGAAAUUCAUGCCAAGGAGCUAGAGGCACUCAUCACACACACAGAAUCCUACGGUGAUCCAGUAACUGAUGAAUGUCUCUUAAUGCUGAAGACAAUGAAGGCUUCGUGCGAUGCAAUAAUAGAACAUGCAUCCAAGAGGACACUUAGCAUCGGACUAUUUGUCGAAAUAUUUUUCAAAGAAAUUGAGCGUUUGAAGGUUCACGCAAACGUCUUGAAAGUUGCACGCCAAAUCGAAGUCGCUGCAUAUGACAAGGACAAAAGAUAUCUACUCUCACUCCUUGAAAAGUUGUUAGUUCUCAACCAAAAACUUCCCUACUAUUGUCAGACUCUUCACUCUUGGCUCGAGCUCAGGCCAUACGAAGACAAUAGUGGUCUGGGAGACUUGAUAGACGUGCUUGAACAAAUACGCUUCGACAGUCUACUGCCGAUUUAAGUUCCUUGAUCUUUGGUGUCCACACAACUACAGGCGAAGGAAUCCAUUUAUUAUUGUAGAAAAUGAAAAUGUAAAAAUGUAGAUGAAAAUGUAAAAAGUGUAGAUCGUUACUUCAGGUUUUUACUUUAAUUUACUGUUCUUCCUGUAUAAACAGUAAAAUAAGAUUAAUUAUA